UCCCGUAUCACCAAGGUAAGAUUUAUUACCAAAAUAUAUUGGUUACACAAAUAGAAAACCGCCGUUUUUCCAUAGGUUGCACCAGCAAGGUCAAUCGAUAGAUAAGUGCGAUAAGAAACGUUAUAUAGCCAGUUGAGGCAUCAGUCAACAACUCUACAAAAUCUCGCUCGUCUAUUUUUACUGUGCUUUGUUUUGUUCAUUCACGACAAUGGCGAAAUUCGAGCCGAGUAAGAAUCAUUUGCGGGAAGUUUUACUUUUUGCAUUUCAUUCAAAAAAAAAUGCAGCUCAGGCGCGUCGAAUGAUUGUAGAAACUUAUGGUGAACGUUGUAUUAGUGAAAGAACGUGUCGGGAAUGGUUUCAUAAGUUUAAAAAUGGUGAAUAUGACGUAGAAGACAAGGAACGUCCCGGACCCGUGAAAAAGUUCGAGGACGCAAAAUUGGAGACUUUGUUGGAUGAAGAUUCUUGUAGAACGCAACGGGAACUUGCAAAUUUAUUGGGCGUGACUCAGCAUGCNUACGAGUUGAAGCCAAGGGACAUUGAACGGCGCCUUUUCACAUGCGAACAACUCCUCCAACAGCAAAACAGAAAGGGUUUUUUGCAUCGCAUCGUGAUUGGCGAUGAAAAUUGGAUACACUAUGACAACCCGAAGCGGAAAAAAUCGUGGGGGCUUCCCGGCCAUUCAUCAACUUCGACAGCGAAACCAAACAUUCAUGGCUCGAAGCUGAUGCAGUGUAUUUGGUGGGACAAGCUUGGCGUAGUGUGCUAUGAACUCUUGCAACCAGGCGAAACCAUUACAGGAGUCCUCUAUCGGACGCAACGUAUACGUUUGAGUCGAGCGUUGAAGGAAAAACGCCCGCAAUAUUCGGAAAGACACGAUAAGAUAAUACUUCUGCAUGAUAACGCUCGGUCGCAUGUUUCCAAGGUCGUGAAAACAUACCUGGAAACUUUGAAAUGGGACAUACUACCCCUCCCGCCGUACUCCCCUGACAUCGCCCCUUCUGAUUUCUACUUAUUCCGAGUGAUGACGCAUGACCAGGCCGAACAGCACUUUCGUUCUUACGCCGAAGCCAAAAAUUGGAUCGAUUCGUGGAUCGUGUCAAAAGACGAACAAUUUUUUCGACGUCCUUAA